AUGCGAUACGAAACGCCCAGCAGUGACGAGGCGUUGAUAAGAAGAUAUGCCUUAGCGUGCAGAUGCGUGUGUGCGUUGUAUUUGGGGGAAGGCACCCGAAUGAAUAGCCUUUGCGCAGAGAAGGAAAGGGCAGUGCUUUGGCCGUUUCCCAAUGCGUUCCGUCUUGCUGAGCAACAAGAGACGUUGUUGCGCUGUGGACAGGAGAGUGUCCGAUGGAGUGGCCAUGAUCUUGGAGUGCGUUGCAUGGGUGGAGGAGAGCCAGAAGAGCAGAAGGCAUGGAAUGUUGUUAGAGCGAUUGCGAGCGCUGCGUUGGAAGUAUUGGAUCGUAAGAAUGCGGUCUGGAAGGUUAAGCAGUGA